GAGAGAGAGAGAGAGAGGGAGAGGUGUGUAAUGCUGUACAGUAGCAGUUUGAACACAGUACAGUAAAGUGGAGUCACGAUGAAGCUCCGUGUGAUUCUCAUCAUUUCAAUGAUUCUGCCAGCCAACGCUGUCUUUGUGCACAGACUCUGUGUCCAGUGUGGCUGCAGCAACUCUGUGAAUGAAACUGAGUUUUUCGUCAGUUUGAAUCAGAAUGAAGUGCUCUUUGGAGAUUUUAAAGCGCAGAAACAAAUCAACAGACUGCCUCUGUUUGUGAGUCAGAUCAGCGUUCCAGAUCUAUAUGAUGAGGCAGUUGGCUGUAAAGACAUAUGUCUUCAGAAAAUCCCAAACGUAAUCGCAGCAGCAGGAAGUCCAGCUGAGGUCAGAGUUCCUCCAGAGUUCAGCAUCUACACGAGACACCAUGUGGUUCCUGGAGAAAAAAAUAACUUUGUCUGCUUCAUAAGAAAUUUCUAUCCUCCACACAUCACAGUGAAUUGGACGAGGAACGGUGUGUCGGUGACAGAGGGAGUGUACAUCAGCCAGUAUGCACUAAACAAUGACGGAACCUUCAAUUCAUUCUCCACCCUGACCAGUACUCCGAGGGUAGGAGAUGAAUACAGCUGCACGGUGGAGCACGAAGCUCUGGACUCGCCUCAGAUUAGAACAUGGGAUGAAUCGGUUGAACCUCCAUCUGAAACUCCGAGUGAAACUCCAACGGUGGUGCUUGCGGUGGGAAUUGUGGUGGGAAUUCUGGGAUUGGCCACGGGAAUGUUCUUUGUCAUUAAAGCGUCAUGUUUCCGAUAAGUUCCUGUUACAGCACUGAAGUUCAUUACUUUCUGUAUAUUUUCUUGAAUUAAUGUACAUUUUAUCCAUUUAUAGUUACAUUUAAUGUUUCUGAAGCGAGUCAGUUCAUAUUGUCUCUACAGUUAUAGCAGCUAUAAUCAGUGUUUCCCACUGAACUUUAUUCUCUCUCUCUUUGAGAUAAUAAGAGAUAAAUCUAGCAUGUACUGUAUAUAAACCUGCUCUACUGUCAGAGCUGUUGGUAGAGAGAACUAAUCACCACCUGACCACCAGUCAGAAGAAUGUGAGAAGAAAGAACUAUUAUUGAGGAUAAUUAUCUCGCCUGUCAUCAUUAAAAAAAAGCCACAGAUGGGAUGGAAAUCCCCGGCAGAUACAAUAAACAUACCUUCUGUGGUGUGUCUGAGGCUGGAAUGUGGAGGAGGAAAUGUUUUUGUGAAUGUUUUAUUUCACUAUCACUUUAACUCUUGUAUCUCGUUAACUCUGAGUUUCAUAUUCAACUCAUCCUUCAGGUUCUAUUGUAUUAUCUCUCAUUAUGACCUCAUUUACAGGAUUUAUUUGCUCUCUAGCAACACUAUAAACAUUCACACUGAACUAUUCCAUGACAUAAGAAUACUUUUAUGGAACAUAAAUAAAAAAAAUAAAGAUUUUUCAUUUCUGUCCUGAAACUGAGCACAACA